AAAGCGCACCACUCCCCUCCCCCGCCCAGACCUGGGGUCUCUGACACCCGAAGCCUAGAAGACCCGGCUCUGGUCUCUGUUCUGACCUGCCGUACAGCAUGGCAGCCCCCGGAGGCGUGGCCCGGAGCACCUACAGCCGUACAACAUGGCCGCCUACAGGGAUCACCCCGCAACCCCUCCCGCCCGGCCACCGGAAGUUUCCAUUUGAAAGCCCGGCGGCAGACCCGGUUGCUGGUGCGGCAGUUACUGCGGAGCAGCUUUUGAAUCCGAGCGACAAGGGCUGCGAACAGAAGCUGCGGGCGCCUGGGGCCCAGCCUUGCCGCCUCAUUACGAUGACCAGCGUGGUUAAGACAGUGUACACCCUGCAGCCCCCCGGUGUUCAGAGCGGCGUCCUGCCGACAGACACACAGACUCGAGCCCCUUCAAAGAGCCUAUUACCAGUGAAGUCCAAAGAAGUGGAUGUUUCCAGGCUUCAUUCAGGAGGUUCAGAGAAUGAUGUUACAAAAAUCACCAAACCAAGACGAGAGAACGGGCAGGUAAAAGCUGCAGACACUGCCAUCAGGAGGAACGUGAGAAAGAGCUACAAGCCAGUGAGCAAGCAGAAAUCCGAGGAAGAGCUCAAGGAUAAGAACCAGCUCUUAGAGGCCGUCAACAGGCAGCUGCACCAGAAGUUGACUGAAACUCAGGGAGAGCUGAAGGACCUGACCCAAAAGGUGGAGCUGCUGGAGAAGUUUCAGGAUAACUGUUUAUCAAUUUUGGAGAGCAAGGGCCUCAACCCAGUUUUAGGCAGUGAGACCCUGGCCUCACGGCAAGAAGCCACCACAGACCACGAGGACUCUAUGUUGCUGUUAGAAACUUUGCAAGAUGAGCUGAAGCUUUUUAACGAAACAGCCAAGAAGCAGAUGGAGGAGUUACAGGCCCUAAAAGUAAAGUUGAAGAUGAAAGAAGAAGAGCGGGCCCAGUUCCUAGAACAGCAGACCUUAUGUAACAGUCAAGUGAAUGAUUUUACAAUGGCCCUGGAGGAAAUGGAGCAGCUAUUAGAAAUGUGAUAAAAAGCAAGUGACCGGCUGGCUCCCUCUUGGGAUUAAACUCUCAGAGGAAGCCACUUAGGUCAUCUGCUUCUUGGCCAUGACUUUUUAGAACUCACCAUCCCCAGAAUGAAACCAGUGUCUGUAGUAGGAUUAAGGACAGUUGAUGCUGGAAUGGCGGUUCCUCCUUUAAACAAGUGUUCCCAGCCUUUGGGAGUGGUCGGCUCUCCUGAACCUCACACGUGCAUAACAGAGGCGUACAGAGAGCUUUCUAGGUAACAAAGCGGGCACCCUGCGAGAAUCGAGACCAAAUCAGCCAUAGCCAGAGGAUCCCAAAGGUAACAUUCAGAUGUGUAGGCAGAAAACCAUAAUUGUAUGAGGGAGCACAGGUGCUCCACAGGAGACAUCACUGAGAAGCCUUGCUGUCCCCUUCUAACUUGGAACGCAUCCUGUCUCAUCCUGGUUGGGCUGUAUCCCUCACUGUAAAUCAGUGAACUUGAAGUUACUUAAAAUGGCUUAAUAAAUGGGGGUGAAGGUAAAGAUAGCAAUAACGCCUACCUGAAACAAUA